GGGUUGGCGCGGCCGAGCGGCGGUCGCGGCGCAUGCGCACGGCGGCGGUCGCGGCGCCUGAACCCGGCGGUCACCAUGAUGUGGUUCGGCGGCUCCAUCCCGGCCGCCAUCGCCGCCGCCAAGCAGCAGAGCUCGGUCUUCGUCGUGUUUGUGUCAGGUGAGGAUGAACAGUCCACUGAGAUGGCUGCAAGGUGGGAAGACGCUCAGGUGACCGAGGCUGCCUCAGAUGGUUUUGUUGCUAUUAAAAUCGAUACCAAAAGUGAAGCGUGCCUGCAGUUUUCUCAAAUUUAUCCUGUAGUGUGCGUUCCAUCCAGUUUUUUUAUCGGGGACAAUGGAAUCCCUUUGGAAGUAAUUGCUGGCAGCGUUUCCGUGGAAGAGCUUGUUACCAGAAUCCAUAAAGUGAAACAGAUGCACGCAGAAAAAGGGCGACCUCUGGAAAAUGCGUGUCAGUCCUCUGCUCCGUGUCCCUCGUCUCAGUCUGAUGGUGCUCCAGAAGCCAUGCAAUCCACAGCAGCAGAUCCUUGUGACUCUCUCGGGUCUGUUAUGUGUGAAACAAGACCUUCUGAUGACGGAGCAAAUUCAAGUCAAGCAAGCCAGGAAGCAGCUCAGUCUUCAGAUGAGCAAGUGAGCAAUGCUCAGCCUGCGAAUGAUCUUGCAAUCAAAGUAGAGAGAAUAACAAAAAAGCUUGAAGAAAGACGGGAGGAGAAAAGGAAAGAAGAAGAACAGAAAGAAAUUAAGAAAGAAAUAGAACGGAGAAAAACUGGCAAAGAAAUGUUGGAGUACAAAAGACGGCAGGAAGAGGAACUGACAAAACGAAUGUUAGAGGAAAGGAACAGAGAGAAGGCAGAAGAGAAGGCAGCGAGAGAGCGAAUUAGGCAGCAGAUUGCAUUGGAUCGUGCUGAGAGAGCAGCUCGCUUUGCAAAAUCGAAGGAAGAGGCAGAAGCUGCGAAAGCUGCAGCUCUUCAGGCUAAGCAGGCUGAAAUAGAAGCCAGAAAAGAAGCAUCUCAAAAGGAGCGAAGUGCAAUAGCCAGGAUUCAGUUCCGCCUCCCAGAUGGCUCUUCCUUUACUAACCAGUUCCCAUCUGAAGCACGGCUGGAAGAAGCGAGGCAGUUUGCUGCACAGACAGUUGGUAAUGCUUAUGGCAAUUUUUCUCUGGCGACAAUGUUUCCCAGAAGGGAAUUUACCAAAGAAGAUUAUGGAAAGAAAUUACUGGAGCUAGAGUUAGCACCCAGUGCUUCAGUAGUGCUGCUGCCGGCAGGAAGACCUGCUACUUCUGUUGUUCAGGCUUCAGGCGGUGACCUGUGGAAGUUCUUGGGCACAAUACUUUAUCCCCUCCUCGCAGUUUGGAGAUUUAUUAGCAACUUUCUGUUUACGAGUCCACCCCCCUCACAAUCUACUGUGAGAACAGUUCAUCAGCAAGACCAUUCGAAUCCCUCCACGUCUAACAAUGUUGAGCAAAGCAGGCAAACCGUCAGGAAACGAGUAACAGAAAAACGAGGGGAAGACUUCAAAAAAGAAGGCAAAAUAUAUAGACUGAGGACUCAAGAUGAUGGAGAAGAUGAAAACAAUACUUGGAAUGGAAAUUCUACACAACAGAUGUAGUUUUGAGUAACUGCAGUUAUGAGUCAGGCUUUUUUUUUUUUUUCCUUAUUUGAUUUAAGUCAACUAAAGCUUCUGGAGAAGUGGGGCUUCUUUCACACCAACUGAACUAAAUAAUUCUUAUUCCUACAGUGGAGUAUGGAAUAAAGUUGCCUAAGUCAGAACAAUCAAGUGGGUGUAGCUGUGGCUUAAGAAGUCAAGAGCUGAAAAGAUUGAAAAUCUCCAUCAGCUUUCAUAAUCAUUACCCUACUGCCAUUAGUAAGGCACUUUUUAAUCUUUCAAUAUUCUGCUACAUAAAUUUAAGCGCCAGGUAUUAAUGUAAAGGCCAUGGUAGGGAAUGACUGGUUAAAAUGAGGGUUUCAGAAGCAUUAUAAGUAGAAAAUCAGGAAACUAAUUUAUGUUUAACUUUUUUUCUUGCUUCUGCAGCUGCAAGCAAAACCUUGUAGUUUUUAAUUCCCCAAGCACUCAAUAAACUAUUUUCCAGAAAACAUAA